AUGGCUAAUAAUUCUAUGGGACAAGGUGCUAAUAUGCCAACGAUAGGAACGAUAAAUCAGGGAACUAUUCAGUACGUAAACAAUCCGAUUCAAAGUCCUCAGCUGCAGGCUAGUUCGAUCCAGGGCUCACCAUCACAGCACAGUCCUAUGGGUACACAGUCUCAGGUUGGAGCUAAAGCCAACCAAAGCGGCGGUGGAGAUCAGACGACGCAGUUGCUAAGCCGACCCCGUCUUCAAGAGUUAGUCCGUGAGGUGGACCCCACAGUACAGCUUGAUGAAGAAGUUGAGGAGAUGUUGCUGCAGCUGGCUGAUGACUUUAUUGACACCACUUUGAAUGCUGCUUGUGCUAUGGCUAAGCACCGGCAUGCUCCCAAUGUUGAGUUGAAAGAUGUACAACUUCAUUUGGAACGACAAUGGAACAUGUGGAUCCCAGGAUUCGGUAAUGAUGAGCUCCGGCCGUACAAGCGUGCAGCUGUCACUGAAGCACACAGGCAGCGCAUGGCACUCAUCCGCAAGACCAUCAAGAAGUACUAA